UACAACAACAGUAUAAUAACAGAACAGAUCAUCAAAAUUGUGCAAAUACGCAAACAGAGAGAGAAUACAACACGACAAAAACAGUGCAAAAGUAACGAAUACAGUUUUAAGUACAAUUUCGGCUUCCAUUCAGUUGUCGUGUAUGUAGAGGUGUUGGAGUACAGUCAUUGAGGGUACAGGGAGAGCUGAAGCAAUCGGCUAACUGCUCCAGUGAAACCAGUGCCUGGUUUUAGUAGUUUUGAGGAGAAACCGGCGCAGCCCUCAGUCUUGAGUUGCACAGCCGUGUUGUAUGAUUAUGAUUUGUCGACGCGCCAGGGCGACACCGCGUAUCUCUCGCUGUACUAGUUUGUGUCAGCUUCGUGUUUUCCAUAUGACCGGCUGUUUACCAAGCCGGGCCCAGAAGAAGCAAGACACGUUGUAAAGCGCUUCGAGAUACAACUCGCUGGAGCCAAAUUGUACUUAUUUUUUUCCUCUGCUACUCAACUGCUCCAAAAAGCUUUCCGGGACCAGUCUGUGCAUCGCUGAGCAGCCAGAUACGAAUUUCCUGAACACAUUAAUGUCAUGGUAUUGUGCCGUUUGUGCUGAAAGUUAAAAAUACUAGGAAAUUAACUUCCAGUACCCGGCUGGCCGGCUAAAAACCCGUCAGCAAAUUUGUAAAAAAAAGGAUUCAAUGAUUUUUCAGUGGUUCAGAAUCCAUUCAGAGGGCAACCGAGCUUCUCCAGGGGCAAUUUCCAGUAAUGCGCGGGUACGACACGAGGCGUCGCUGUUAACAGUUGUCAAAAAAACACUUUUCGAUACCCUUGAUCGGAGACGCGUUUGCUCGAUAGAUCUUUUGAUCGAAGAGGGAGAGGUGGGGGGGAGCUCGCGUGCUCGCCUCCUGACGGCCCUGAAGGCCGAUAACUGAAGCCAAACGGAAGCCCCUUUUUAUGUCUUUAUACUGUGCCGAUUAUUCUCAUUCUCAUGACGAGAGGCAGACAGGAAGACCUUGAGCACCACCAGGCCCCGGCAGGACGACGCAGGCAGAGGCGAGCGACGCUAACGUGUUUUUAUAUAUAUAUAUCUCUCUCGGCUUGUGUGCUGAGGCGGUGAAUUAUCAUCUAUUGUAUUGUUAUCAAGGUCCUCAGCACUUUCUCUCGCCCAGGCUUUUAACCGCAUGAUAACACAAAAGGUGUUUUCAUCUACCGUAUGUAGCUCAUUCGUUUAAAUGACUUUGUGGCGGCCGUUGUCCCCCUCGCCGCCCCGUUAUUUCCUAUCCACCUCACACACACACACACACACACACACACACACACACCGACCACACGGCCCCGGCCUACAUCUAAAUUCAACGCAUCCGACAACGGAGCUGCAAUUUGCAGUAAUAAAUGGGUUUUAUUUAAAUCCAACCUUGAUCCUAACCGCAACUGUGGAGAGAAGAAAAAUGGCCGGCGGAUUAGAUAGGAUUGAUGCAGCGAGCGUCAGUAAUUGAGCCCGGCGGAGUCCCAGUUCUGUCCACUUGCAAUGGAUAAGCGUGACGCCGUUUAACACCGCUGGGAGGCGUGCCCAGAAUCCCACAAGCCCGUAGGAAGACGCUCCAGAGGGGGGAUUAAUUUGUCUUUAGCUCAAGAGUGCAGAACGUUUGAGAUUGUAGAAGCGUUGGUCCCAUGCUGACAAUAGGAUGAAUGGUGACAUUAGAAUUCCUAUCUAAUAAUAAGGCAUUGGAUUUAUAUAGCGCCUUUCACCCCCAGUUCAUUCUCCACAGCGGGCCGGAUUGACAUCAAUCACCAAUUACCUUUUUACACAAACAAUCCAUUAUCGUUAACGACGUCUCCUCUACGCUCUCCAGCCCUUCACCUCUCCUGAUGCGCUAAUUUCACGCUAUCCGUGCGAAAGUCUAGUCAAACGCAUAAAGUUUAGGACUCUGCGCCCUGGCCGUGUAGGAACGAAUGUGGGAUGGGACGUGUGUGACAGAAACUGGAAAGGGCAGUUUGUGGCCGGGGUUGCUAGGGAGAAUCUGGUCAUGACCUUGUAGCCCCGGCGACACACCGCUUGUUCGCGGAGGUACCGCAGAGGUGCGCUGCAGGUCGUUCACAGAGAGCUCCCAGAGGCACGGUACUCUAUAGGCUUCAGCCGUGGCGGCACCGGAGGGGGGGGGUUUAGGGAGUUACUGCUUGGGGGCACAGGAGGGAGUCCGAGGAGCGCCAGACAGCCCGAAGGCUGCCAGCGCGCUCGGGAAACGAGCCGCCUGCGAGCACGUACAGUAAUGUACAGCCGACGCGGCACAGCGAAUAGAGACGGAGGCGAGAGACGACCCCCGGGGACACAAACACAGCGACGACGAGGUGACGCUGAGAGGCGAUAGAGACUGCUUCGUUUCAGCUACGGGGCCGACAGAAUCGCGCGUCGUUGCUGGGACCCGCUGUUCUCUCUCUCUCUCUCUUUCUCUCCCUUUCUCUCUCUCUCUUGCGAGCGCUGUGCGCCGGAGCAGAGCGGCGGACAGAGACGAGAGGCGAAGUACUUCAGCGCAGCGCAGCGACCGCUGACCGCCGCCGCCGCCCCGCUCUCCUCUCGCCCUCACGCCCAAGACAACACUUAGAUUGUACUCUUUGCUACUGGGUUUCUCCGGGCUCCUUGUGGCUCCGACAGCAGACGAGAGGAGCCGGGGGGGUUGCUGGGGGGAGGCGGCGUCACCUCGGAAUUUGACCGCGGCUUGACCGGGGCUUGACCGAGGCUGCAGCCGGGAGCCGGAGACCCGCCGGCCGGCCGGGGCUCCGCCGGCACCCCGGCGAGGAGGCGAGGACCGGGGAGCUUUUCCCUCAGCGAUAGAGAAACCUCUUCAAGCAGCGAAACUACCCGGGGCUUUGCUUGUUCAAACGCCUCGAAGUUACCAGAUACCUUUUUUCUUCCAUUUGGCUAUUAGAGAAAAAAGAAAAGAAAAGAACCUUACUCGUAGUUUUGCGCGCAGAAGUCGUAGUGAAAUUAGUUUCUCAGGACACAACUUCAGGGAUGCAAGCCGUGUUGUCGUUGGGAGACGAUGUUUUUUUCUUUGCCUGACGAGCGCCAACGCGCUUUAAACUCACGCCGCCCGCGUGGAAUCGUUUCUUCAAUGACAAAUCCCUCCGGGUCAGAGCCCCACGCUUUUAACCCGCCUCUCCGGGAGAAGACGACGAGACAGGGGUUUGCGAGACGCCUCACGCGUCAGAUCUGUCCCUGCGGGAGGGUAUCGCAAGGUCGCCCAGAGUAGUCGCAGUCUCCUUCUCCCCCUUCGCCAGGCGGCACCCAGUACGCACGAAUCCAACGCCAAGAAGGGUGUCAGAAACACCAAGAAACAGCGGGAAGGACAGCUGGCUGGCCUGUCUCCCUGUCCCCCCUCCCUCAAUCCCCCAGCCCUAGUAGUCUGUCGCCCAGUCCAGGGUGCUCUUCUGGGGGCACAGGCAGGAAACUGUGGCCCCAGGCUCCUAGGAGAUGAGCAGCUAUAAAGGCCGCAUGGGGCAAGAUGUGGAAAACCAGGGCAACAAUUUGCCCAAACAGCGCUGGGAUGCCCCCAAGGACAAGGUGCCCACGGACCGCACGCUGGUGGUGGGCGCCGGGGAGCCGGGCAAGAAGCGCCGCCAGCGCUAUGUGGAGAAGGACGGGAAGUGCAACGUGCACCACGGCAACGUGCGCGAGACGUACCGCUACCUGAGCGACAUCUUCACCACCCUGGUGGACCUGAAGUGGCGCUUCAACCUGCUGGUCUUCACCAUGGUCUACACCACCACCUGGAUCUUCUUCGGCUUCAUCUGGUGGCUCAUCGCCUACAUCCGGGGGGACCUGGAGCACGCCGAGGACCGCGACUGGACCCCCUGCGUCAACAACCUCAACGGCUUCGUCUCGGCCUUCCUCUUCUCCAUCGAGACCGAGACCACCAUCGGCUACGGCUACAGGGUCAUCACGGACAAGUGCCCCGAGGGCAUCGUCCUGCUCCUGGUGCAGGCCAUCCUGGGCUCCAUCGUCAACGCCUUCAUGGUGGGCUGCAUGUUCGUGAAGAUCUCGCAGCCCAAGAAGCGGGCCGAGACCCUCAUGUUCUCCCACAAGGCCGUCAUCUCGCUGCGGGACGGCCGGCUGUGCCUGAUGUUCCGCGUGGGGGACCUGCGCAACUCCCACAUCGUGGAGGCCUCCAUCCGGGCCAAGCUCAUCAAGUCCAAGCAGACCAAGGAAGGGGAGUUCAUCCCCCUCAACCAGACGGACAUCAACGUGGGCUUCGACACGGGCGACGACCGCCUCUUCCUGGUCUCGCCCCUCAUCAUCUCCCACGAGUUCAACGAGCACAGCCCCUUCUGGGAGAUCUCCCAGGCCCAGCUGGCCAAGGAGGAGUUCGAGAUCGUGGUCAUCCUGGAGGGCAUGGUGGAGGCCACCGGCCCCUAGUCUUAUCAGAAGCAGAUACCGAAAUGUCGACGCUGGCGUUGUGCUGCCAGCAAAAGAGAAAGACUUUUUUACCCCUCACCUUGAUCUCCCUCUCUGCCCCCCUGACCCUGGCCCGGUUCGGCCCGGUUCAGCACUCCUCACAAUCUCGCACGUGACCUCCAGCUGUGUGGUCAUCGAUGGGCUUCCAGGCAAACACUGCGUCGUUCGGUAGUGGCGAUUGAACAGUUCGCUUCAGCAGGGCUUGGAGGCCUUGAUUAAAGGAACACAGAGGAUACGAUGAGAAAAAACACACCUGACCUCGAUAGGAAAACUGGUCAUUCUGUGCCGCUUAAAGUAAAAAUACCCCCACGAAACUGCCCUGCACCCACUGCUGUCACGCUAUGACACGCUGACACAUGAUUCUCAGUGUGAGGAGCCCCACAGCACAGCAGCUCACGCUGACUGACAGGACGUGGCUGGGGAGAACGCAAUUCAACGCUACUCCAGCUUGAAAAGCGUUCAGGGACUCAUCCCCGUCUGCGGCUGACAGGCUUUCCCGUCCAAAUCCCCGUUGCAUCCCGCGAUGAGCUGACAGGAAGUCAGCAGCCAGAAGACGGGUCUGAGGAGAGCCACGCGGGACCCGUGCGGAGAUCGUGACCGCUUACCAGAACAGCGCGGCGGCUGCUGUCGUCUCUGAAGCACCGGGGUCUUUCCAGAACUAGGCUGCGUGAGAUCCUGAGGUCGGCUCGCUCCUCGCCUGCGAGCAGGCUGAACUGGGUGGAAUAAUCUCCUCUCGCCCGUGACCGCUCUCUUGAAAA